AUGACUCGAACAUAUAGAAUUGCUGUUCUAGAGUGCGAUACGCCUUUUCCUUCUGUCAAUGAAAAGCGCGGUUCUUAUGGAGAUAUCUUUCGUGAUCUUCUUACCAAGGGUCUCAAGAAUGUUGGCGACAAGGGCAAGGACGUGAGCCUGGAUCUUAGCAAAUGGGAUGUUGUCACAGCACAAGAGUACCCAGGCAUUGAAGAUGUUGAUGGUUUCUUGUUGACCGGAAGCAAACACACAUCCUUUGCUGAUGACCCUUGGAUCUUGAAGCUUGUUGAGUUUGUCAAAAAGGUUUAUACGACGACAGAGAAGCCCAUCGUUGGCAUCUGCUUUGGCCAUCAGAUCAUUGGACGAGCACUCGGUGCAAAGGUUGCGGUGAGCCCUGGCGGUUGGGAGGUUUGUGUUGAUAGAAUCAACCUCAACGAGACUGGCCAGAAGCUAUUGGGUGUUUCAUCUCUCGGCCUUCAUCAAAUGCACCGAGAUGCAGUUCUCGAAGUUCCCGACGGCCUGGUUAGUCUCGGCAGCAGCUCAAGGUGCGAGGUUCAAGGACUCUACAAGCCUGGGCGUAUUAUAUCUUUCCAGGCUCAUCCGGAGUUUGACGACUUUAUCAUGCAAGAGAUUAUGGAGGCCAGAUAUGCCCAGCAGAUCUUCUCAAAGGAGAUGUAUGAGGAGGGUAUAACGAGAGCGAGGGCGCAUCAUGAUGGCCUUCUAGUGGCUGCAAAGAUCUGGGAGUUCCUUCUUUAA